AUGAUCGGCCAUCAUUAUCACAACCAAGGCCCUAUUUUGACCCAUCAGCAGCAGCAACAGCAGCAGCCCAUAUCUUAUCCAGUGGUAGAUGCCACAACGGAUUCCGCUAACUACCGGUUCCCACCUACUCCUGCAACUACCGCAACAACAACAACAAUAACAAAAACAACAACAACCACAACAAACUUAAAUCCUUGCGUUCCAACAAACAAUCAACAACAACCUCCUCUUUACCACCACAACCACCAAAACACUUUCAUCCACCACAACAAGCUGCCCGCCGUCUUAGACGACAGCCCGCAACAAGCUCCAGCAACAGGCCUCUUGUGUGCAACCUAUAGUUCUCUUCAGCAUUCCACCGUGUCUGCCUCCGACUUUGGUCCACCACCGCAGCUGCCACUUCUUUCUAAGCACGUUGGCAGCAGCAGCAGCAGCAGUAACAACAACUACACCAUAAACAAUAACAAUAACAACAACAACAAUAAUAAUAAUAAUAAUAACAACAACAGUACUUUCUUCCCAACUAAAAGAUCUUCCAUUUCAUCCUCUUCAUCUUCAUCAUCCUCAUCAUCUUCCUCCUCAUCCUCAUCAUCAUCUCCUUCUCCAACAUCUUUUGUUUGUCUUUUCCCAGGAAACCCAGCAUCCUCACAUUUCUCAAACUGUAAGCACGGGCAGUGCCGCCCAAACAAAGACCGCUCACUGUCGUCGCCAGCAAACGUCAUGGGCGCGUCUUCACUAGGAUCCCCGACUAUUGCUCCGUCACCUUAUAUCCACCCGGUCGUACAGGAGGAUCUUCAUGCCGUCUUUGAGUCUUUGGCUCUCAAGGAGCGUCGUGUGCUGGAAGCUCGCGAUCAACUUUCGUCGGCUGAACAGGAUCUCAAAGUGUUUCGCAAACUCUACCGCGCAGUUCUCAAUGGACAAACAGUGCAAAAGUCCUCUCCAACUUCUGCAACAGUUCCACAACUUCCACUGACUCUGGGAACUUCUGCAGUCACUCCAUCAAUGUCCUCUUCAACAUCAUCUCCACCCCCAUCGUCCCCCUCUCUAUAUUCAGCACCAACAAUGUCCAAUAGGUCCUCGUGUCUUAUGUCCUCAGUACCAUCUACCACAUCUACCACAGUAUCCACUCCUGCGUUAGCCUCUCCUGCUAAUCUAAACUCCUCCUCAAAGCCAGCAGAGCCAUUCUCGCUACGGCAAAUGGACUCUGCUGCAACACAUUCACUUCUAUCUUCUUUGUCUUCAUCUCCACCACCACCACCAACAUCACAACCACAUUCCAUACUGUCGCCUCCAUCACAAACCUUAUCCUCGCUUUCCCACCUCCAAUCUCCACAAAACACUGUCCCGGUCCCAUACCUGCCAUCAUUCCGUCACAGCAUUGGUGCAAUGCCCACGUUUCAAUUCAAUAACAUUGAAUCUUAUAAUGCUGCAAACACCCUGCUGACACAGUCCCUGGCCACAGUGGAUGACGAAAUUGAAGAAGGCGACCAAUACAAUACAUUUAAGGAUAUUUCCCGCAAACAAGCGGCUGCAGCCCUGGAAGGUCGUGCCCUUCAUAGUAAUGAUAAGACUUCGGAGAGCUCUGAUGAAGAUGACAGUGAUGAAAGCGAUGAUAGUGAAGAAGACGAAGACGAAGAAGAAGAAGAAGAAGAAGGAGAUGGCGAUACUCUUACUAUGAAUGGGAAAAGCCUAGUCCUACAUGUUAAAAGCGCUGCCGCUACUGCGUCGGCAACAGCCACGGCAGGCCCGGGCUCUUCUCUCGAACACAAUGACAAUGAAGCAGCAGCAGUAGCAGCAGCAGCUGCUGCUAACGGAACACUGUUGGGCUUUUUCCGGUCGCGUCUGCACAAUAUUUUUGAUCCCCAAGAGGAGGCACAAAAGUCGUUGCAGCUUUCGAAGCAUUCAUCAAAACCUCAUAACCAGGCCAAUUCUAAACACAAGCCUUCGUCUAUGCACGGGAAGCUUAUUGAAGCCGUGCCUACUAAGAAGAAAUCUUCCAAAGCCCAUAAACCCCCCUCCUCCUUGGAAACCGACCCUCACCAACUUGGUCCUGGUCUGCUGUUAGAAGGCGACCUUAUGAUCAACACUACUGGCCUCGCUUUCCCAACUACUCCAAUAUCCCCCCUCACAGCUGUUGGAGAAAUUCCAACUCCAGGUAGUAUGGGAUAUCAUCAUCCUCCAGGUGCCUUCAUCACCUCCGUUUUUGGACAAUCUGCAUUCCCUCUCCAUUCUAACUAUCCUCUCGCAUCCUUUGCAUCCCCAGCAACUUCUAUUGAUGCUGCUUUGGCCGGCCAUAUUCCAGCUGCUGCAACUACUACGACUCCAGUCAAACCAUCUGGACACAACCGUGCAUCUUCCAUCUCAUCCACUCCUUCAAUUACCCCACAAAAGGCCCAGCACUUGCGCUCACGCUCAAUGUCGCCUACUAGAGGAAUUAGCAAUCUCAACCAUCCUCCACUGGGUGCUCCACUUGGUGCUCCACUGGGUUCAUCUCUUCCAGGCCCUCUGUCACUCCAGCCAUUGCAAAUAGAACUCGGUCCUCUGAUUUCUCGGUCCCCGAGCCCUGUAUCACGUCGCGGUCACUCUCGUGAUAAUAGCAAUGUAAGUCUUACUAUGGGUUCUGAAAUCUCCAAGCGGGAACGCCCACCGUUGGCUCCAAUAAGCACAGACUGUAGUCCGUUUGAAAGUCACCACCAUCAUCACCACCACCAUCAUCACCAUCACCACCACAAUGGAUUCCAAGGCAGCCAGUAUACUAUUUACGAGACUUCUUCGUUAGACAAUGAGGAGAAUCCCCAACCUUCAAUCUCAUCACCACAACGUCAUCGACACUCGAAGACGUUAUCGUCGUCUGCAUUUGGGUCACCACGCCAUCACGCACACCACUGCAGCACAAGCAGUAUUGGAAGUGCAUUCAGCAUAAGCACCAAUACAAACACAACAGCCACAAGCAACUAUUCCGUGCCGAGCUCACCACCGCCUCUUGCCGAUGGUAAAAGUUGUCGAUCUCCACGGCAUAAUCGCAAGGGCUCACACCAACUGCCGUUGCAACUGUAUAACCAGUAUCAACAAAAGAUGGAGCAGCAGCAGAAACUAGAGCAACGGCUCGAGUUAGAACAAGAAGAAAAGCUUGCAAAAAAACUUGAGCAAUAA